GUAUAAUCUAGUGGACGGAACGCUUCUUUCAACAGCAGCAACAGUUCGUCAGCCACCUCGGUAGCUUGCUAGACAAAAUAGACGAACCAAUAAAGCUCUUUAGACGCUUUAGUGUAUAUUAGCCACUGUGUUUUAAAACCUACUUCUGUGGCAUAGUUAGUUAUCCGGUUUAAUUUCAUAUUUAGAGUGUUGUUAUUAGUCAGCUAGCGGGCUGGUUAAGUUAGCAUUAGCCUAGCUAGCUAACAUCUCCAACCAUGAGUUCACUAAGCUACUCUCCUUCUCAUGAAGAGAAGGAUAUCACAGUAAAUCAAGAAGUAGGGAGUGGGGCCGUUACUGUGAAAGAAGAGGAGGACGCGUUCAGAGUGAAAGAGGAGGAUGGUGUUACAGUGAAAGGAGAGCAUGUAGUUUAUGGCUUGAAAGAGGAGAAGGAGGAGAUGACUGUUACAUCGAAAAAGGAGGAAGAGGAGGAACCUGGAUAUCUGGUUCCGGUUUCCCAAACGCAUCUUAAGGCAUCCAAUGGUUCAAACGAAGAAUUUAACCAUAAGAUGGUUUUUAGAAACCGUUCCCUGAUUAACACUAGAGAGAGACGUGACUAUCGUGGAUCCUCUGGGGAGCCUCAACAACCUCAUGAUGCUGAGGAGACAGAGAAGAGUCUCUCCAGAUCAGAACACCUCAAUAAACACCCGCAGAGAACCACAGGGAAGAGAACUCACUGCUGGUCUGACUGUGGGAAGAGAUUCACAUCAUCAGGCAUUAAAAUUGAUCAGAGAACACACACAGGAGAGAAAUCUUAUAGCUGUGGUCAAUGUGGGAAGAGUUUUUGUCGAUCUGGAGAGCUGACAGUGCACCAGAGAACACACACAGGAGAGAAACCUUACAGCUGUGGUCAAUGUGGGAAGAGUUUUACAACAUCUCGCUCUCUGACUCAACACCAGAGAAUACACACAGGAGAGAAACCCUAUAGCUGUGAUCAAUGUGGGAAGAGGUUUGGUCGAUCUUGCCAUCUGACUCUACACCAGAGAAUACACACAGGAGAGAAACCUUACAGCUGUGGUCAAUGUGGGAAGAGUUUUACAACAUCUCGCUCUCUGACUCAACACCAGAGAAUACAAACAGGAGAGAAACCAUAUAGCUGUGAUCAAUGUGGGAAGAGAUUUGCUACAUCUGGCCACCUGACUCUACACCAGAGAACACACACAGGAGAGAAACCUUAUAGCUGUGGUCAAUGUGGGAGGAGUUUUAGUCAAUCUGGAAUGCUGACAGUUCACCAGAGAACACACACAGGAGAGAAACCUUAUAGCUGUGGUCAAUGUGGGAGGACUUUUACUACAUCUAGCGGUCUGACUAAACACCAAAGAACACACACAGGAGAAAAUCUUAUAGCUGUGAUCAAUGUGGGAGGAGUUUUGUUCAAUCUAGCCAGCUGACUUCACACCAGAGAACACACACAGGAGAGAAACUUUAUAUCUGUAUUCAAUGUGACAAGAGAUACUCUGAUAAAAGAUCUCUGAUCAAACAUCAGAAAAUACAUACAUGAAGAAGUUGUUUCAAGAUAUCAAUGAAAUAAUGUCAGAAUGUAGAAUUUUUUGAAAACAUUGUAGUAGGUGUAUUUUAAUGAUGUCACAAUGUAGAAUGUUUUAACGUAGUAGGAGUAUUUUAAUGAUGUCACAAUGUAGAAUGUUUUAACAUUGUAGUAGGAGUAUUUUAAUGA